UGUAAUAUGUUCAUCAAAUUUGUCUUAUGAGAAUAGAGCAUUUUCUAUUUGAUUCUAUGAGGGUAUGUUGAAAGCUCUUCAUCUAGAAAAACAACAAGUGUUUUUCCCAAUUAUCCAGCAUUUUUAGAUGCAGGGAGUCAAUUACUGUAUAUUUCCAUUUAAGUUCUUCUUUAUGGAUUUUAAAAUAAUAUAAACUUAUAUUCUUUGUGCCACAUUCAAACAGUUAAAAUAUUGUAGUGCUUUACUUAGAUAUUUCCAUAUUCAGUCUGAGGCUGCUUUAUCACUGUGAGCUGCUCAAGGUUAAGAAACCUGUUUCUAUAUAACCUAUAGCCCUAUAGUGAGGGGCUGUGUGAAUGAUUUUUGAAUGUGACUCAGUGGACCAAUUUGUUUCUAUAAAGCAGUUUCACCGGUUCUAUGGUAUGGACAGUGCUAGCAAUUAAAUUGCCAUUUAUUUGUAAAUGAAAACUGUGCAUUUUGUGAUUCCCCACAAUGGAAGAGUAAGACUGUUAGAAGGGGCCUCAUUAAUAUUAAUAAUCAUCUUAAACUAGAAGCAGAAUAAUUGACUGAUAAUGAAUUAAGCUUAGUCUCAACAAGAACAAGGUCAAGUUUGUCAGUUAAUGAUUUUCUCUUAAUCUAGGCUAGCAUAAAUAUUUUAACUUCUUGAUGGUAUCCUAUUAAGUUGUAAAUAGGCAUAUAAGAAGAUAUUUUAUAUUUAAUAAUUUUGAUUUUCAUGUGUCAAUAUCCUGUAAUUCCUAAAGAACAUUGUUGAUUUGAAAGCAUGCAUCCUAAAAGAAUAGAGUUAAUUUCGAGACCAAAUAAAAAGUAAACUCUCUUCUCUGCAUUGCAGGGAGAAUCGGGAAGAAAAUUCCAUAUAAUACCUAAGAAGAUCCAGAACAUUUUUAGAAAAUCUGGAGUUUAUGUGUGUUCUCGAGGAGAGCCAGUACCUGAUGUAUGGAAAGCAAAAAAAUCCAUAAUGGAUGAAAAAUAUAAAACAGAUAAUUUCUAUGCUGUGUCUUCUGAGCAUAGAAAUUCUAUUCCUAAGGCUACUGUUGAUCGUGAAGCUUCCACCUCUACUGCUGACAGCCUGGAUGCUGCCGAGCCUGACCCGACAAAUUCUACAAAUGCUACUGACUGUCUGGCUGCUCUUGAGCGUGAGCUGACUAAUUCCAACAACACUGCUGACUGUCUGGCUGACCUUGAGCCUGAUCCGACGAUUUCUACCAAUGCCGCUGACUUUCAGGCUGCUGUUGCACCAGAGCCAACUAGGUCCACCCACCCUGCUGACUGUCUGCCUGAUGUGGAACCAGAGCCAACUAUGUCCACCCACCCUGCUGACACUCUGGCUGCUCUUGAGCCUGAGCUGACUAAUUUCAACAACACUGCUGACUGUCUGGCUGACCUUGAGCCUGAGCCAAACAUGUCCACCCACCCUGCUGACAGUCUGCCUGAUGUGGAACCAGAGCCAACUAUGUCCAAUCACCCUGCUGACACUCUGGCUGCUCUUGAGCCUGAACUGACUAAUUCCAACAACACUGCUGACUGUCUGGCUGACCUUGAGCCUGAGCCAAACAUGUCCACCCACCCUGCUGACAGUCUUCCUGAUGUGGAACCAGAGCCAACUAUGUCCACCCACCCUGCUGACACUCUGGCUGCUCUUGAGCCUGAGCUGACCAAUUUCAACAACACUGCUGACUGUCUGGCUGAUCUUGAGCCUGAUCCGACUAUUUCUACCAAUGCCGCUGACUUUCAGGCUGCUGUUGCACCAGAGCCAACUAGGUCCACCCACCCUGCUGACUGUCUGCCUGAUGUGGAACCAGAGCCAACUAUGUCCACCCACCAUGCUGACACUCUGGCUGCUCUUGAGCCUGAGCUGACUAAUUUCAACAACACUGCUGACUGUCUGGCUGACCUUGAGCCUGAUCCGACUAUUUCUACCAAUGCCGCUGACUUUCAGGCUGCUGUUGCACCAGAGCCAACUAGGUCCACCCACCCUGCUGACUGUCUGCCUGAUGUGGAACCAGAGCCAACUAUGUCCACCCACCCUGCUGACACUCUGGCUGCUCUUGAGCCUGAACUGACUAAUUCCAACAACACUGCUGACUGUCUGGCUGACCUUGAGCCUGAUCCGACUAUUUCUACCAAUGCCGCUGACUGUCGGGCUGCUGUUGCACCAGAGCCCGCUAUGUCCACCAACCCUGCUGACAGUAUGGCAGCUGUUGAGCCUGAGCCGACUAUGUCCACCCACCCUGCUGACAUUCUGACUGCUGACGAGCCUGAACAUAAUACUUCUACCAAAGCUGCUGACUGUCUGGCUGACCUUGAGCCUGAGCCAAACAUGUCCACCCACCCUGCUGACAGUCUGCCUGAUGUGGAACCAGAGCCAACUAUGUCCAAUCACCGUGCUGACACACUGGCUGCUCUUGAGCCUGAGUCGACUAAAUCCUCCAAUGCUGCUGACUGUCUGGCCUAUGUUGAGCCAGAGCCAGCUAUGUCCACCCACCGUGCCGACAGUCUGGCUGCUCUUGAGCAUGAGCUGUCUCAUGCCAACAAAGAUGCUGACUGUCUGGCUUCUCUCAAGGCUGAGCUGAUUAAUUCCACCAAUGCUACUGAUUGUCUGGCUUCUGUUGGGACUGAGACAACCAUGUCCACCCAGCCUACUGACAAUUUGGCAGCUGUUGAGCCUGAACAUAAUAAUUCCACCAAUACUGCUGACGGUCUGGACUCUGUUGAACAAGAGCCAGCUAAGCCCACUUACCGUGCCGACAGUCUGGCUGCUCUUGAGCAUGAGCUGACUAAUUCCAACAACACUGCUGACUGUCUGGCUUCUCAGAAGGCUGAGUCAAUUGAUUCUACCAAUGCUACUGAUUGUUUGGCUUCUGUUGGGACUGAGACAACUAUGUCCACCCACCCUGCUGACAAUAUGGCUACUGAUGAGCUUGAGCCUACACAUUCCACCAAUGCUGCUUACUUUCUGGCCGAUCUUGAGCCCCAGUCGACUAAUUCCUCCAAUGCUGCUGAUAUUCUGGCUUCUGUUGGGUCUGAGACAACCAUGUCUACCCACCUUGCUGAUAUUCCUAUUGCUCAUGAGCCUGACUAUAAUGAUUCUACCAAUGCUGCUGACAGUCUGGACUCCGUUGAGCCAGAGCCAGCUAUGUCCACCCACCGUGCCGACAGUCUGGCUGCUCUUGAGCAUGAGCUGUCUCAUGCCAACAAAGCUGCUGACUGUCUGGCUUCUCUCAAGGCUGAGCCAACCAUGUCCACCCAGCCUGCUGACAGUUCGGCAGCUGUUGAGCCUGAGCCUACAAUUUCCACCAGAGCUGCUGAUUGUCUGGCUACUGUUCUGCCGGAGCUAAUUAGGUCAAUCCACCCUGCUGACUGUCUGGACUCUGUUCAGCCUGAGUCAUCUAUGUCCACACACCCAGCUGAUAAUAUGGCUACUGAUGAGCUUGAGCCUAAAAAUUCGACCAACGCUGUUUACUGUCUGGCUGCUCUUGAGACUGAGUCGACUAAAUCCUCCAAUGCUGCUGACUGUCUGGCCUAUGUUGAGCCAGAGCCAGAGCCAGGCAUGUCCACCCACCGUGCCGACAGUCUGGCUUCUCUUGAGCAUGAGCUGACUAAUUCCAACAACACUGCUGACUGUCUGGCUUCUCAGAAGGCAGAGUCAAUUGAUUCUACCAAUGCUACUGAUUGUUUGGCUUCUGUUGGGACUGAGACAACUAUGUCCACCCACCCUGCUGACAAUAUGGCUACUGAUGAGCUUGAGCCUACACAUUCCACCAAUGCUGCUUACUGUCUGGCUGCUCUUGAGCCUGAGUCGACUAAAUCCUCCAGUGCUGCUGACUGCCUGGCCUAUGUUGAGCCAGAGCCAGCUAUGUCCACCCACCGUGCCGACAGUCUGGCUGCUCUUGAGCAUGAGCUGUCUCAUGCCAACAAAGAUGCUGGCUGUCUGGCUUCUCUCAAGGCUGAGCUGAUUAAUUCCACCAAUGCUACUGAUUGUCUGGCUUCUGUUGGGACUGAGACAACCAUGUCCACCCAGCCUGCUGACAGUUUGGCAGCUGUUGAGCCUGAACAUAAUAAUUCCACCAAUGCUGCUGACGGUCUGGACUCUAUUGAACAAGAGCCAGCUAUGCCCACCCACCGUUCUGACAGUCUGGCUGCUCUUGAGCAUGAGCUGUCUCAUGCCAAUAAAGCUGCUGACUGUCUGGCUUCUCUCAAGGCUGAGCCAACCAUGUCCACCCAGCCUGCUGACACUUUGGCAUCUGUUGAGCCUGAGCCUACUUUUUCCACCAAAGCUGCUGAUUGUCUGGCUACUGUUCAGCCUGAGCUAACUAGGUCAAACCACCCUGCUGACUGUCUGGAUUCUGUUCAGCCUGAGUCAUCUAUGUCCCCACACCCUGCUGACAGUUUGGUAGCUAUUGAGCCUGAACUGACUAAUUCCACCAAAGCUGCUGACUUUCUGGGUGCUGUUGAUCCCGAGUCAACCAAAUCCACCCACCCUGCUGACAGUAUGGCAGUUGAUGAGCCUGAGCUGCCUAAUUCCAACAUUGCUGCUGACUGUCUGGACGACCUUGAGCCUGAUACGACUAUUUCUACCAAUGCCGCUGACUGUCAGGCUGCUGUUGGGUCUGAGACAACCAUGUCCACCCAGCCUGCUGACAGUUUGGCAGCUGUUGAGCCUGAGCCGACUAAUUCCACCAAAGCUGCUGACUGUCUGGACUCUGCUGAGCCAGAGCCAACUAUGGCCACCCACCAUGCUGACAUUCUGACUGCUGUUGAGCCUGAACAUACUAAUUGCUCCAGUACUGCUGACUGUCUGCCUGCUGUUCAGCCUGAGUCCAGUAUGUCCACCCACCCUGCUGACAGUAUGGCUGCUAUUGAUGCUGAGCCUACAGAUCCUGCCAUUGUUGCUGACUGUCUGGCUGCUCUUGAACCUCGGCUGUCUGUUACAUGUGCUGCUGACAGUAGUGUGUUAGUUGAGAGUCAUGACUCAGGACCAGCUAGUCACAUUGGAUUGGAUUAUGUUGUUGAUUUACCUCUUUACAAGGAGAGUACAAGGUACAAACCCCAUGCUGACCCAGAUCCCACUCCUGGUUCCUGCACUUGUUAUUCCCUUGACUCCAUUCAAAUGACUAACUUGACUCUUUUGAUAUCCCUUAGUGAAGAAGAAAUAUUUGAUUCUGCUACUUCAGAUGAGAAAUCUUCUUUUACCCCUGACGUAGAAGAAGGUCUGCCUGCUACUCAGGGUGCUGAGGAUAUUUUUCAUGCUUCCGCACGAGCUGAACCAAUAAACCACAGCUUGAACCUUCUCAGGGAGAGUGGAUAUCUUCGGGCAACAGAGAUACCACGCAUACCUUUUUUGCUCUUCAUAUGGCUUAUAUCCUCACUUUUAUCCAUCAUAACAUGGAUGAAAAUCCAAAUUCAACAAGCAUGGCAUGAAGAAAAUGGCCAAGGAGCUCCCACUAACAAGAGAGUCGGACCAGGUAAGUUAAACUAAAAUAGUAGCUUAAAAUAGAUUAAGAUUGUUUUAGUAGAAACCUAGGUCUCUUUUGUUAAUAAAUUUCAUACUUCUAUAGGGCUAUUUACGCAUAAC